AUGAGCCAGCUCCAGCUCGCUCGUGUUCGACUCAUUGACAGCCUUGUACAUAGGGAUGGCCAGGCACGGCUUCGGGCCGGGCUGCAGCACAGCGCAGUUUUCUUUGCUAAAACUUGCUUUAUUUAUCUAUUUAUUUUACCUUUUAGGUCUGCUAUUAUUAGUGCGGCCGUUAGUUCUUUUGCAUCUUUGGUGGGUUCGCUUCCAACUAGGGUUUCGAGGGUAAUUGUGAGAAGAUUUCUGGGCCCAUCAUGGUCUACUACAGCUAUUGAUGCUACUUGCAAACACCUUUUGCAGUACCAUACGAUGCGCAAUGUCCUCUUCAUGGCAAUGACCGAGUUCAGAAAGCUUUCGGAAGAUCCAGAUUGGGAGUUCAUGAAAAGAAAACAAAGCCAAAUUGCGCUUUUAUUUGGUGUCGACGAUCAUUGGGGUCCGUUAUCUGUUUUUGAAGAGGUAUCGACGCGCGUUCCAGGAAUCGCUCUGUCGAUCGAAAGAGAGGGUCACACGCACGGCUACUGCUGCACCGAGGCCGGAUCUGUAUGGGUUGCGUGCCAUGUCGCGAACUUGAUCAAAAAUCAAAUUCAAAUUCGAAACGUAUAAUCUUUUUUUUU